UUCCACCCGUUCAUACACAUACACAUACAAUGUGUUCCUGCUUUUUCCACUUACCUUUUCUUCUUCUCCUUUUCUUAGUAGUUUCGUUUCAUCUUACACGCCCUUGACUUCAAAUUGACGUUGAUCCAAGCUAGCAGGAAACUGUGAUCAAGCAGUGCACCUAUUUUUGAGAGCUUCUUCCUCUUCUGCUCCUUCUUCAUUCCAUCAGCGAGCUGUGCCUGAAAUCAAUCAAAAAGCCAGAUUCGAUGGCCAUCCAAUUGGGAGCUUCUUCUUCUUUCUCCUCUGCUUUUUCCACCCGUUCACACACACACGAUGUGUUUCUGAGUUUCAGAGGCGAGGAUACUCGCUCUGCUUUCACAGGCCAUUUGUACUGGAAUUUGCUUCAGAAGGGAAUCAACACCUUCAUAGAUGAUGAGCUUACAAGAGGAGAGGAAAUAUCACAAGCACUUCUCCGAGCCAUUGAAGGAUCAAAGCUCUCUCUCAUUGUGUUCUCUGAAAACUAUGCAUCCUCCAAGUGGUGUUUGGAUGAACUAGUUCAUAUCCUUGAAUGUAGAAGAUCAAAGAACCAAAUGGUUCGGCCAAUCUUUUACAACGUGGAACCCUCGGACGUAAGAAACCAACGACGUACAUUUGGUGAGGCAUUUGCACAGUAUGAACGCAGAUUCAAAGGUGACAUGGACAAGGUGAAAAGAUGGAGAGCAGCUCUUUCAGAAGCAGCAAAUUUAUCUGGGUGGCAUUUCUCGGGCGGAUAUGAAUAUGAAUUUAUUGGUAAAAUUGUUGAAGAGAUUUCUGCACAAGUAAAAGAACCUACCUAUUUGGAUAUGCCAAAGUGCCAAGUUGGGCUAGACUCUCGGGUAAAACAUAUACUUAAAAUGUUAGAUAUUGAAGGAAGUGAUGUACGCAUGGUAGGAAUAUGGGGAAUUGGCGGAAUAGGCAAAACAACAAUUGCCAAAGGUGUUUACAAUACAAUUGCCCAUAAGUUUGAUGGUAGCUGCUUUUUGGCAAAUGUUAGAGAAUAUUCAGACCAACAUGGAGGUUUAGUCGACCUACAAAAUACUCUUCUCUCUACCAUUGUGCGGCAGAAAGAAUUGAAAAUAAACAAUGUUCAUGAAGGAAACACUUUGUUGCGUAGAACGUUGAGAUAUAAAAGGAUUCUCCUAGUUCUUGAUGAUGUGAAUAAAUUACACCAGCUACGUGCAUUAGCCGGAGCAUCAGAUUGGUUUGGUUGUGGCAGCAGAAUUAUCAUAACAACAAGAGAUAAGCGUUUGUUGACUGCUCACGAAGUCAAUCCCAUAUACGAGGCCGGGGAACUGGAUGAUCACGAAGGUUGUGAACUCUUCAGGUUAUAUGCCUUCAAGAAAAAGAAAAAUCAUGAUGAUGAUGAGAAUCUCUGGAUUAGCACUAUUGUUAGAUAUGCUCGUGGCCUUCCGUUAGCCUUAGUAGUUUUGGGUUCACAUCUGUGUGGUAGACCUAUACAUGAAUGGCAAGCUAUGUUAGAUGGUUAUAAAAGAAAUCAUCCCAAAGACAUUCAAGAUACUCUCAAAGUCAGUUAUGAUGGACUGGAAGAAACAGUGAAAGAAGUUUUCCUCGACAUUGCUUGUUUCUUCAAAGGUAGGAAUACAAGGGUUGUGAUACAGAUACUAGAAGCUUGUGACCCCAACAACCCCAAGCAUGGUAUUGAAGUUCUUGAAGAAAAGGCACUCAUAAAUGUUGAUAUAUUUGGUUAUAUUUGCAUGCAUGAUUUGCUAGAAGAGAUGGGAAAAGCUAUAGCUCGGCAAGAGUCUACAAAGCUUGGUGAGCGAAGCAGAUUGUGGCAUCAUAAGGAUGUGCAUGAUGUUCUAACAAAAAACAUGGGAACAAGUAAAACUGAAGGUAUAGUGAUAAAAAUGCCUACAGCAGAUGUGAUAUGCUUGAAUCCUAAAUGCUUCAAAAAGAUGAGAAAUCUUAAAAUUUUCAUAAACAUCAAUGGACGGUUUUGUGGAAAGGUUGAUUAUUAUCCGAAUCAGUUGCGGUUACUUGAAUGGAGUGAUUGUCCGCUAAAAUUCUUUCCCCACAAUUUUAACAUGAAGAAUCUAAUUCAACUUAAUAUGCCUCGUAGCUGCAUCUCACGUUUCGAGGUAUUUAAAAGUAUGCAAAAUCUGAAAUCCUUAAAUUUGAGUGAAUGUAAAUUCCUAGCACAAAGCCCAGACCUGUCUGGAAGCCCAAACUUAGAGUUCCUGGAUCUAAGCUAUUGUAAAAGUUUAAAGAAGGUUCACCCUUCGGUUGGAUCCCUCAAAAAGCUUGUUGACCUGAAUCUUGAAAGCUGCUCUAACCUUGUGAGGCUACCAGGAGAAGUCAACUGGAGAUCCCUCCGAUCCAUUAAUCUCAACGACUGCACAAGGCUGGAGAGUUUCCCUGAAAUUGAGGGAGAGAUGAAAUUCAUGACAUCCUUGAGGCUAUGCAACACUGGCAUCAAAGCAUUGCCUUCAUCCAUUGGAUAUCUAAUUAACCUUGAACAUUUGUGGUUACAUAAUUGUGGAAACCUCACAGAUCUACCUUGCAGCAUUUAUGAAUUGCAGAAGUUAGAGUGGGUUUCAUUCUCCGAUUGCCCAAAACUCGUAAGAUUCCCAAAUAAGGUGGAGUCUGAAGUGCUUCCAACUUACUCAAAGGUUUCACAUGACAACCGUGACUCUUCAUCGGAGCCAGAGCCAGAUACUGAAUUCAAUUUGGCGCUUCCUUGUUUAGAUCAAUUCCUUGCGGGUGGAUGCAAUUUAUCUAAUAUUGAUUUCCUCGCGUCCCUUGAUUGUGCAUCCACUUUAAGGGAACUUGAUUUAUCAGAAAGCCCCAUUGUUAUCCUUCCCGAAUGCAUCAUCAACAAAUUUGUCAACUUGAGGUAUCUCAAUUUGAGAGGCUGCAGGAGGCUCGUAGAAAUUCCAGAGCUUCCACCAAGUAUUCGCCUGUUGAAUGUGAGGGAUUGCGUAUCAUUGGAAAGAAUUUCAAAGUUGUCAAACAUUUUGGAGCGUAAAGAAUCACAAAUGAUUCGCGUGAUGGACUUGACUAAUUGCUGGAGACUCUGUCAAAAUUUGGUUGAGAUGGCAAACAAGGAUGAUGAUGAUGAAGUGCACGCUGAUCUCAUCUCUCGACUCCUAUCUUCUCAGCAAUCCAAAUUCACAAUUACAUUUCCAGUUCCAAGAAGCGAGGUUCCAAAGUGGUUCAGCUGUCAAAUGGAUUUCAUGGGGCAUCGACGGUUUGAAUUUUAUAUCGAAACACUUGCAAAUUUCAAAUGGGACAACGCAGGAUUGGCUCUCUGUGUUGCUGUUGAUCAAAAGCUGCAAGAUGCUUGGACUGAUUUCACGGUCUAUAUUCACAUCAAUGAAGUGAGGGUUUCAUUUCCCUUCUCAGACUGUGUUGAUUCAGCAGAGUCGGAUCAUGUGUGGCUGCACUAUGUUCCCUUCCUUGAAAUGUGGCCAGUUGGUUAUAUGCGUCCGUUGCCCCCUUUUACGUGUCGAGUCAUUAUUUAUCAACAUGAGCUCUCUGUGCUCUCCAUAAAAAGCUGUGGUGUCCACCUUGUAAUGCCACCCAAUGAAGACGUUUCUAUGAAGCUAAUCCGUGCAGAGAACCUCACCAGUGAACUUUCCUUCCCAAGAGGAAAGGACUUCUGGGACAAUUAUCGUCCCAAACAGAGGACUGACUGCAAAGAAUUAUAUACCGAUGCACAACUGGAGAAUGAAAAGCUGUAAUUAUUACUAGACCAGUGUGACCGAUACAGGGAAUGCCCUGAGGAAUCUAAGGAAGCUGUUGCAUCAUUAAUGGUUACUGCAGCUAGAUUUUCUGAUUUACCAGAGUUUUGUGACAUUAGGCCACUAUUUCAACUUUUCAAGUGAGAUAAGUGAAAUCUGCAUUAUUAUGUGGAUCAAAAGUUUGUUGAGAACAUAGCUUCAAAGCCUCCCACAUUGGAGAAGAAGGUUCAGUUGACAUAGCAUUAGAGUUUUCAAUAAAGUGGGAAUCCAAGGCCUUUGAACAAAGGAUGUCUAAACCUCCUGCAUUUAUACAGUGCAAGCCAUGAAAUUUUGGAUAUGUAUAGGGUUUCAGGCACAAGCAUCAAUCUGUGUAAGCAAAGCUGUGAAAUGGUGGGAGAAAACCCUAAAACUGAACAUGGUGGAGAUCCAUUCUGCUAAGAACUCAUUGAUUCUUUGCAUAACGCUGGUGAUAGAUUGGUUGUAGUGGAUUUUUACUCACUUGGUUUUGGAGAUUGUAGAGCUCUCCAUCCCAAGCAGAAAAAAACCACCUAGGGAUUUGCAACCUCUGCCGCUGCAGCCACAUUUAGCUUCAAAUCGUAGUCAUGCUCAACCCGAUAAGCAUACAUUCUCCAUGAGCAAGUUGGCAAAUCUGCAGAAGGGCAUAACAAAAGCAAAAGCGGCACCUCUCUUGGACAAGCUUGUUUUUGACAAGAUAAAACAAGAGCUAGGAGGACAAGUUUGUAUAAUGUUGUCUGGUGCUGCAUCUUUGCCCAGGCAUGCGGAGGAAUUUAUCAGAAGGAUAUGGUAUGGUUGACUGCAUAACAUAAUGAACAGAUACAUAUUAUACUUGAAUCAGUUAAAUCAUGGUGAAGAUCAAGAAAAUUGUACAAGGUUAAGUAUUCAUGGUAUAUGUGUUUGACCUAUGAGAUGUCAGUAUGAAUGCUUUUUUGGUACUCAUUCAAAUGACCUCAAAUUUCUAAAUCAGCUACCACAACACAUCAGAAGCAGAUAUAUAAAAAAUGGAGAGAACUACAUUUCAUCAGUUUGUUAAAUUCUGUGGGCCUUGCUGAAAGCUGUGGUGGGUGUUUUACGUCCCUUGGCAAUGUUUAUCCUAUGAUUGGAACUAUUGGUGCCCCCAUGACUACUAUUGAAGCGCGGCUUGAGUCGGUCCCAGAACUGGGAUAUGAUGCACUUUCUAGUGUGCCAUGUGUAGAGAUUUUCCUAAGAGGAAAAACCUUGUUUUUUGGUUACCACAAGUGACAAGAUAUAACUGAAGAAGUCCUUAUUGAUGGGUGGUUCCGUACAGGUGAUAGAGGAGAAUGGCAUCCUAAUGGAGCAAUGAAAGUUAUAGACAG